AUGGAAAACGCAUUCGCGAAAGAGGUAAACGAAGUUUUGGCACAUUUUGAUGUGGACCCCGAGACCGGUCUGUCUGACGAACAAGUCAAACGACAGUCCGCCAAAUACGGUCCAAACGAGCUUCCCGCCGAAGAAACUAAGCCCUUGUGGGAACUCGUUUUGGAACAAUUCGAUGAUUUGUUGGUGAAAAUUCUACUGUUGGCCGCCAUCAUCUCUUUUGUGCUCGCUUUGUUUGAAGAAUCAGAAGAGACGAUCAGUGCAUUUGUGGAACCGUUUGUCAUUCUGCUCAUCCUGGUUGCCAAUGCGGUUAUUGGUGUGUGGCAAGAACGGAAUGCUGAAUCGGCUAUCGAAGCUCUGAAGGAAUACGAGCCGGAAAUAGCCAAAGUUUAUCGGAAAAGUCACUAUGGUGUUCAACGGAUCAAGGCACGCGAACUGGUUCCUGGUGAUAUUGUGGAAGUGUCUGUCGGUGACAAAGUUCCCGCGGACAUGCGUAUCAUCAAGAUCAUGAGCACGACUCUACGCGUGGAUCAAUCUAUCCUGACUGGCGAAUCGGUGUCCGUGAUCAAAUUUGUGGACGCUGUGCCCGAUCCGCGUGCAGUGAACCAGGACAAAAAGAAUCUGUUGUUCAGCGGUACAAAUAUUGCGGCCGGUAAAGCACGUGGUGUGGUCACGUGUACCGGACUGAUGACCGAGAUUGGAAAAAUCCGAAACCAGAUGAUGGACACGGAACAGGAUAAGACACCGUUGCAACAGAAAUUGGACGAAUUCGGUCAACAAUUGUCCAAGGUCAUUUCCAUUAUUUGUGUGGCUGUAUGGGCGAUCAAUAUUGGUCACUUCAACGAUCCAGCUCACGGUGGUUCAUGGAUCAAGGGUGCUAUCUACUACUUCAAAAUUGCCGUGGCUCUGGCUGUGGCUGCUAUUCCCGAAGGUCUGCCCGCUGUGAUCACGACCUGUUUGGCCUUGGGCACACGACGUAUGGCUGCCAAGAACGCGAUUGUCCGUUCCCUGCCAUCCGUGGAAACUUUGGGUUGUACGAAUGAGCGUGUGCNCGUGUGCCGAAUGUUCAUAUUUUCUAAGGCGGACGAACGUAGUGCGGAGGUUGCCCACUUCGAAAUUACCGGAUCCAAAUACGCUCCUGAGGGUGAAGUGUUCUUGAACGGUCAGCGUAUUGAAGCCGGAGAUCACGAGGGUCUGUUGGAGAUCGCGCACAUCUGUGCCAUGUGCAAUGACUCCGCUAUCGAUUACAACGAGAGCAAACACGUGUAUGAAAAGGUCGGUGAGGCGACGGAGACAGCUUUGUGUUGCUUGGUUGAAAAGAUGAACAUCUACAAGACAUCCAAAGCUGGUUUGUCCAAAAAAGAUUUGAGCAUGAGUUUGUGGUCCAAAGAAUUCACACUGGAGUUCUCCCGAGAUCGUAAAUCCAUGUCUGUCUACGUGAUCCCGAAACCGAAUGCCGGGACUAAGAUUCCCAAUUCCGGUGGUGCCGGGGAACCUGGUCCACGAAUGUUCGUGAAGGGAGCACCCGAAGGUGUACUGGAUCGAUGCACAUUUGUCCGACUCGGUGGCAAGAAGGUCCCGAUGACCCCGGUUCUUAAGGCUGAGAUUACGAAAAACGUGGCCUCCUAUGGAACCGGACGGGAUACCCUGCGUUGUCUGGCAUUGGCAUGUUGUGAUAAUCCACCAAACAAGAAUCAGAUGGAUUUGGAGGAUGCAACCAAAUUUGUGAAGUAUGAGCAAAAUCUCACAUUUAUCGGUGUUGUUGGCAUGCUGGACCCGCCUCGAAUGGAAGUUUUAGACAGCAUUAUCAAGUGUCGCAAAUCCGGUAUCCGAGUUAUCAUGAUUACCGGAGAUAACAAGGCAACCGCGGAAGCCAUCUGUCGCCGUAUCGGUAUCUUCGGUGAGGAUGAGCCGACAACUGGCAAAUCGUUCACCGGUCGUGAAUUUGAUGCGUUGCCGAUUGAAGAACAACUAGAAUCCCUUUUUCAUACUGGUGACGGUGUAAACGAUGCCCCGGCCCUGAAAAAGGCCGAAAUCGGUAUUGCCAUGGGUAGUGGCACGGCUGUGGCUAAAUCUGCAGCGGACAUGGUUCUGGCUGAUGACAAUUUCCGAUCCAUCGUGCUCGCCGUGGAAGAGGGACGGGCUAUCUAUAAUAACAUGAAACAAUUUAUCCGGUACCUGAUCUCGUCGAACAUCGGUGAAGUGGUCAGCAUCUUCCUCACGGCUGCCCUGGGUCUCCCGGAAGCGCUGAUCCCGGUGCAACUGCUAUGGGUCAAUCUCGUCACAGACGGUUUCCCAGCUACUGCCCUGGGCUUCAACCCACCGGACUUGGAUAUCAUGUCUCGACCACCACGAAACAUCAAGGACCCAUUGAUUUCUGGCUGGCUGUUCUUCCGUUAUCUGGCAGUCGGGGGCUAUGUUGGUUGCGCCACGGUUGGUGCUGCUGCAUGGUGGUUCUCGUUGUAUGACAAGGGACCACAACUGAAUUACUAUCAGCUUACGCAUCAGUCACAAUGUCUUGCUCAAGAAUCCCGAUUCGAAGGCAUAGACUGCGCCAUCUUCACCCACCCGAAACCGAUGACUAUGGCGCUCUCGGUUCUGGUCCUCAUUGAGAUGCUGAACGCGAUGAACAGCCUGUCUGAAAACCAAUCGCUCCUGGUCAUGCCUCCGUGGGCAAAUGUUUGGUUGGUGAUUGCAAUGGUGCUCAGUUUGUCACUUCAUUUCCUCAUUCUGGAAGUCGAUUUCCUCGCGAAAGUCUUUCAAAUUACUCCGUUAUCGUUAGAGGAAUGGUUUGUGGUUGUGAAAAUCUCGUUCCCAGUCAUCCUGAUUGAUGAAGUGCUCAAAUUGAUCGCCAGGAAAUUCACUGAUGUACCCAUCAAACGGGAAGAACUGAAAUAA